AUGUUAAGAUCCCUCUCCACUGCAGGACCGGUGAUGAUCGUCCCCCACACUGCGGGCUCAAAGAACCGAACCAAUCAAUUCCAACAUCCUGGACUGUGGCACAGUCAUGAUCAAUUGGAAAUGAUACGCAAAAAUGUCCUAGCGAAUGUCGACCCCUGGGCUUCCGCUUACACUCGUUUCUCUAAUGAUACCUAUUCCCAGCCCACCUACACCAUGCAAGGACCUCACUCGGUAAUUAGCCGUGGAACUGUAAGCAACUAUACCAGUUUUUCCAAUGAUGCGAGGGCUGCAUAUCAGAAUGCAAUCAUGUGUAAGACAAUAUCUUAUAAUUUUUACUCACCCGAAGAAGACAACAGCCAGGCAUCAAUGCUGAUACCCCGGUACAUUACGCGCGACCAGGAUCAUUGGAAUCGAUCAGUCACUAUUUUGGAUGCAUGGGGCUCGGCUCUAGAGAACAUUAUCGGUACUGACCGCUCACUUCUGGUGGGAAUAGAAGGACCUAUCUUCGCCAAUGCAGCUGAGAUCAUGCGCUGGGAAGGCGGAGGGGUAGAGGCUGGUUCAACAUGGAAGGGGGGUGCCGGCUUCAGCAUUCAAUUAUACUGGUUAUUCCCCCGUCAGAGUAUCAUCAUCGGUCAGGCAAACUACGGGAUGGCGAGUAUCUUCGGUCUUCUCAAUUUCGCCGUCUACUUGGAUGAUCUCGCUCUUUAUAAUUACGCCCUCUACGCCUAUAAGAAUGACCCGUGUGCUGGGGUGCCUCACAAUUUCCUGGCAACAACGGGACAGAGCUCAGAGGCCGGGCGAGAUCAAGUGCAUGUUCAAGAUGGCCUGCAGUGGCUGGCCCUGUCAGCGCGGGUGGUGGCCAACCAAGGUUAUGACUUAUUCCCUCUGGAUGAUCACCUGUUAUUUACCGCAUCCGAAUAUGCUGCCAAAUAUAACUUAAAUUACACGGUACCCUAUAAUCCCUCUUUUUAUCGAUGCGAGGCCGUACUGGUCAAUGGGCCAUGGGCAAAUAUCUCGGCCGAGAAUCGCUACAUUGGAUAUCAGAACGGAGCGACUGCGCCUGCCUGUUGGGGGUUGAUGUACUAUGAAGCUUUAUCCCGCGGUGUGGAUACCCUGUGGACGUUGCGUGCAAAAGAAGUCUAUGAUCAGUCGGUAGAAGACCUGGUCUCACCAGUAGAUCUUUUCAGUUGGGCAGACUUGCUUUUUGCGACCAAUGCGCCACGGAAGAGCUAG